AUGGCGGGGUCGUUUGACGACCCGGAUUUAGCGGUGGAGGACUACAUUCCCAAGGACAAGGAUGACAUGCAGCUGAUGCGCGAGCGAUGGUCCAAGCUGCUGCUGGGAGACGACCCAUCCGGAGGGGCUAAGGGGUGCGGCCCUGCGCUAGCCAUGGCCAAUGCCAUCACUAGCGUCUCAGCAUCCAUCUUCGGGGAUGGGCUGCGGCUGCGGCCGCUGCCAGAGGAGGACGAGCGCAAGUGGAGGAGGGAGAUGGGCAUCAUGGUGUCGGUGUGCCGCCACAUCGUGGAGCUGGCACCUGCAUGGACCACUCGCCCUGACGGGAGCAGAUUUGAGGUGAUGCGUCGGAGUGUCCGAGCUGACCUUCGGAUUCAGCUGCCGGCGCUCAGCCAGCUUGAUACCAUGCUGCUGACCAUCCUGCAGCACAGCCAAUCAGACGAGUACUACUACGAGGACGAGCUGCCAGGUGGCGACCUAACACAGGAGGACGGCGAGGUGGACGAGGAGGGGGAGGACGAAGAGGAGGUUGAGGAGACAUUGCGUGGCGACGACGACGACGAUGACGACAGGGAGAGCUUCGGAGCCGGCAGCACGGGCGGCAGCAGCAGCGGCAUGGGCGGCGGCAUGGGCGGCAUGGGAGGGUCGGCUGGGGAUCUGUACGGUGCACCGGAUCGACUCAUCAGGCGCAGCGCCACAGCCCCCUCGGAGCGGCCUGCCACUCACGCCGGGCCGUAUGGGACUGGAGGGAUGAGCGGGCGGUUGGGAGGAGUGGGUGGGGAUGGUGGGGAGAGGGGAGGUGGGGGGCGACGGGGAGUGAGCCACGGGUCUGCACAUAGUUCGGCGCAUGGUUCGGCGCAUGGUUCGGCGCAUGGUUCGGCGCAUGGUUCGGGGCAAGGUUCGUCGGUUCACGGGUCGUCCCCACGAGGGUCUUCAGCAGACGAGGAGGAGGAUUUUGCUGAUGAUGAGGGGCAGUACAGCCAGGGAGGGGAGUUUGACCACAGAGGCACGUUGCACACAGGGAACACCAGAGACACAGGAGACGCGGGAGAGCGGGGCUCAGGACACGGAGGGGACGGGGGCUCAGGGCACUACAGACGGCUCUCCUCCCCUGGGUUUGAGGCAGAGAGGCGCGGUAGUGAAGAGGACCUGAUACAGCAGCGGGGCGGAGGAGGGGGAGGAGGGGAGGGCGAGGAUGCGUGUAGCAGUGGGAGUAACACGGGGAGCAACGCAGGGAGUAACACGGGGAGCAGGGAGGGGUCGAGUCCAAACCCCGGGUCAUCCUGGGGUUUUCAUCAGCGGUCCAGCAGCACAGCUGCUCCUGCUGCUCCUGCCUCUUCCUCAGGUGUUCCUUCAGGUGCUUCUCCAGGGUCGGGGGGCAAGCGGCGGGUGUCGUCACGCUCCUCGAGCUUCAGCUACGACUUUUCGGCGCUUCUAGGGGGUGGAAGGAGCCGCGGCGGCGGCGGCGGAUCUGUUGCUGCUGCUGGCGCAGCAGGGGGAGCGUCAGGGGGAGGGACAGGGGCAGGAGGGGGGAUCCCUCCCGGUGGCAGCGGUAUCAUGCGGGGACUCAAACGCAGCGUGACUGAUGUGAGGGACAAGAGGUUCAUCCCAGAAGGCAUGGGCGGGGGAGCCAUGGGAGGAAUGGGAGGAGGAAUGGGGGGAAUGGGAGGAGCAGGAGUGGGAGGAGGAGAGGGGGCAGGAGGGGGCCGGCAGGUGUGGCGGUGGAAGAUGAAGCCGCGAGUGCGGGGGCCGCUGGGGGAGGCGCUGGUGCGGUGGUUGGAGCAGCAGAUGGAGAAGACGAGUCAGAUCAUGAAGCUCGCCAUGACCAUCAACCAGCAGGUCCUUCAGGACAUGCAAGUCCCCGACGCCUUUGUGCAGCGCCUCCCCAAGGUAAGACCUCCCUCCCCAAUGUACUGCCUGCCUGAGUGCGCGAUGGUGGUGGGUUGCCUUCACGUCAACCCCUCCACACAUGUCAAACUGCUCUUCUCUCUGAUCCACAUCCUUCCUUCCACCCCUGCACGCACGCCCACCCAUCCACCCCCCCAACCCUCCACCCCCCAACCCCCCGCCUCUCCACCCCUCAACCCUCACCCCUCCCCUCUCUCGUCAGAACGUGAGGGCGGUGGUGGGGGCAUGGUGUAUGCAGCGCUGCACGCCAGCCGCUUCAAAUUGACAAGCCACUCCCCACUUGGCUCCCAACCUUCAAGCCAACCAGUACCACCCCACCUCUCCACCCCUCCACUCUUCCCCACUUCUAGAACGGCGGUGGUGGGAGACAGGCUGUAUGCAGCGCUGCACGCCAACCCGUUCACGGACGACAAGCCACUCCCCACUUUGCUCACCAACCUUCAUGCCAACCAUUACCGCCCGACUUCUCCACACCUACACUGUUCCCCACUUCAGAACGUGAGGGCGGUGGUGGGAGACAGGGUGUAUGCGGCCCUGCACGCCAUCCCAAACGUGAGGGCGGUGGUGGGAGACAGGGUGUAUGCGGCCCUGCACGCCAACCCCUUCACGGACGACAAGCUGCUCUCCACCGUGGACCUGUCCAAUCAGAAGGCGGCUCUCAAGCUCGCCUGCAAGCUCGAGGCUGCCGAGCAGAUCUGGAUGCGCCAGCUCGCGAUUGCAAGGGAGCCCCAGCUGAGCCACACGCUGGGCGGCAGUUAUUUGUUCACUAGCAGCCGGGACGUGGUGCGGUUGGAGGAGAGCCUGCAGCGCGUCUCCUCGUGCCUUGCUGCCAUCCGCCGCAGAUGGCCCGACCUGCCCCAAACUACUCUGGAUCUAGCCAAAAUCGCGUUCAAUGGGCUGGAAGGAGCAGCAUCCAACAUCCGGUCACGAAUCCGGGAUGUGCUGCACGCCAACUACCUCUUCCUCAACCCGCAGCAGUUCGUGGACCUGCCCUGCGACCCGCACCCUCAAGGCCUGCGCCACCCCACCUUCAGCGUGCUCAUGCCCGAAACCUCUUCCUCAACCCCUUUCCCCAUGCAUCCCAUGCCUCCCUCCCCUCCCCCCCCCCCACCACCUCCCCCAUGCUGCCUGCAGGACAUCGGCAAAGCAGUCCUUGAAAGCUACUCGCGGGUGCUGGAAGGAGCAGCAUCCAACAUCCGGUCACGAAUCCGGGAUGUGCUGCACGCCAACUACCUCUUCCUCAACCCGCAGCAGUUCGUGGACCUGCCCUGCGACCCGCACCCUCAAGGCCUGCGCCACCCCACCUUCAGCGUGCUCAUGCCCGAAAGCGUCUUCGACGCCGUCUCCAUGUCCAGUGAUAAUAGCGAAUCCACCAAUGGCAGCGUCCGGUCCUUCGACUCUAGUCGCAGCGGCGGGAGCGCGCGGUCGGGGAAAGGCGCGCGGGGUGGAGGGGGUGGGGGGCCGGGAGGAGGAGGGGAUGGAGGAGGCGGGCUGGGUGCAGCGGUGGGAGUGGGGAUGGCGCCGGCAGGGCCGGGGUAUCCGGGUUCGGGGGUGCUGGGGAAGGCGUCGGCCAAGUGGGAUAUGCGGCCCCCGCGCAGCCCUGAGCUGCGGGGAGGUGGAUCUGGGGGAAGCUCACCCUCCGCCAGUCCCAGCCGAGCCAUGCUAGGGGACAGGUUUCUCAGGCGCACUGGGUCGCUGCAGCCUAGGGGAAAGCGGGGAAACCGGGCGUUGGGGAGGAGUCAGAGCGGAGGGAUGGCAGAUGAAGUGAUAGCUUCCCUUCUUCUCGCCGCAUCUGCCGGCGCGCUGCUCGCGGAUUGGUCUGCUCUCCCCGCGGCGCAAGCGCUGCCGUUUUUGCUCCCGCCUGCCGGCUUCCGUCUGUACGUGGAUCGGCUCGACGGCUACUCGUUCUUCUACCCCGACUCGUGGGUCGAGGUGCGGGGAUCCGGGCAGGACUGUUUCUUCCGCAGCUCGUUCAACCUCGACGAGAACGUGAGCGUCGAGGUGUCGUCGCCCUCGUCGUCCCGAUUCGCGUCUGUGCGGGACCUGGGAGCCCCCCAGGCAGCAGGGGAGCGAGUAGAGAAGCAGCUUCUAACGGAGUUCAUGUCCACACGCCUGGGCGUGCGGCGCGAGGCCUCCCUCAUCUCCUCCGCCAACCGCAUCGUGCCAGCUGGCACCGGGAGGAGAGGCGCCGGGGAGCAGGAGGAGGACGCUGAGUACUAUGACGUGGAGUUGAACGUGAAGUCGUUUGCCAACAACAACCAGCUGGCCAUCAUGCCAGACGAGCGAGUGCAGGUGCUCGAGUGGAACCGCCGCUACCUCACAGUGCUCGCAGUGGCCAACAGACGCCUCUACCAGCUGCGCCUGCAGGUGCCCGAGAGGCUGUUGGAUUCUGAGAGGCCUGUGCUGCGGCAAGUCAUGGACUCGUUCCGCGUGUUCAGUGUUGCCGAUUAG